UUCCUCCAGUUAGCUUCACUCUGCAGCAAGCGGCACCUAGCUUACUGGCUAACUGAGUAAAACCGACUUUUACACUGAAUUUCUGACCGCUUUGGCAACAGCUCUGCGUUAGUAUGCGAUCCCAUGAGGAGGGAAAUAUCUCCUGAGUCCACACGCUGUCGUGUCCGGACUUAUUGAUCAUUUUAAGUUUCUAUUUUUCGCCUCAACUGCCUGGAGGAAAUUCAACUGGCGAGCGUCACGGCGUCCUGAGAGGAACCUCCGUCACGGCGUCCUGAGGGGAACCUCCGUCACGGCGUCCUGAGGGGAACCUCCGUCACGGCGUCCUGAGGGGAACCUCCGUCACGGCGUCCUGAGAGGAACCUCCGUCACCACACGAGUGACCGACCUUCUGGUUUCCGCAUCGAGCAGCCGGCGGCGGGAUGGACCCUCUGGGCGCUCGCUCCCAGUUCGUGGACAUCCAGACGCUCCCCACCUGGCAGCAGCAGCUGGGAGACGAGGAGGAGACGCCGCUGGACCGGAGGGACAGCCUGCUCGGCCAGGAGGUCUUCCCCUCGCCCUUCCCCUUCAGAGCCGACAUCAACCGCAAGAUCAUCCUCUUCCGAGGUGACAUCGCGCUGCUGAACUGCACCGCCAUCGUGAACACCAGCAACGAGUCGCUGAGCGACAAGAACCCCGUCUCCGACAGCGUGCACCAGCAGGCCGGACCCGAGCUCCGGGACGAGCUGCUCAAACUCAAAGGGUGCCGGACCGGCGAGGCCAAGCUGACCAAAGGCUUCAACCUGGCGGCGCGAUUCAUCGUCCACACGGUGGGGCCAAAGUUCAAAUCCAAGUACCGCACGGCGGCGGAGAGCUCGCUGUACAGCUGCUACAGGAACACCAUGCAGCUGGCCGCAGAGCAGUCGAUGGCGUCCGUCGGCUUCUGUGUGGUGAGCACGACCAAAAGAGGAUACCCGCUGGAGGACGCCACACACAUCGCCUUCAGAACGGUGCGCAGGUUCCUGGAGAACCACGGGAACCGCCUGGAGGCCGUUGUGUUCGCCGUGUCGGACGCGGAGGAGCCGGUGUACAGGAAGCUCCUCCCUCUGUACUUCCCUCGCUCCGAGGAGGAGGAGAAGGCCUUCCUUCCUCUCCUCCCAGGCGACAUCGGCAACUCCGAGGGGGAGCCCGUCGUCCCGGAGAGACAGAUCCGCAUCGCAGAGAAACCCGGCACCCUGGAAGAGGAUUCUGAAGAGGAGAGUCUCAAGUCGGACCUCGGUCAGGUGGGCAACCACGCUUUUGCCCGGAUGGAGGGAGACGUGGACAAACAGCGGAAACUGAUCCUGCAAGGCCAGAUGUCAGAGGCGGCCAUCUUGAAACAACACCAGAGGAACUACGGCCGCUGGCUGUGUCGGGCGAGGGCCGAGGAUCUGUCCGACGUCGCCGCGCUGAAGGCCUUGUAUCAAACCGGUGUGGACACGUGUGGCAGGACAGUGAUGGUUCUGGUGGGACGAAACAUCCCGGUGACCGUCAUCGACAUUGAAAAGGCGCUGCUGUACUUCAUCCACGUCAUGGACCACAUCCCGGUGAAGGAGUACGUGAUGGUUUACUUCCACACGCUGACCGGAGAGCACAACCACCUGGACUCCGACUUCCUCAAGAACCUCUACGACAUCGUGGACGCCAAGUUUAAGAAGAAUCUAAAGGCCUUCUACUUCGUACAUCCAUCAUUUCGCUCUAAGGUGUCCACGUGGUUCUUCACCACCUUCAGUGUGUCCGGGUUGAAGGACAAGGUGCGCUACCUGGACAACCUGCAGCAGCUCUUCACCUACAUCAAACCCGAGCAGAUCGACAUUCCUCCGUUUGUGCUGGAGUACGACGCCCGGGUGAACGGACCGUUCCGCCGCCCUCAGUCCUCCGGCCUGUGACAGGACGCUGGGACCUUUUCUACGGACACGUCGUCCCCGUCUGGAUGUGAAGUCUUGACCUCCUCUUAAAGGCUCUGACCUUUCAUGGAGGGGGGGGGGGGCUCUCCUUCAUACGUCAGUCUCAGGCUGAGCGGUCGCUCUCUGGCCACCGGCUAUUUGUGGACCUGCUAAUGGUUUCUGGAUUUAGAAAUGCUUCUCAUUCAGAGGUUCCCUCAAUAUGAAGAUCGUCCUAAACAAGCAGGGCGACGUGGUUCCGACCGGAUGUCCGCUGGGUCUCUUUCUGUGACGCCCCGGUUAGCUCCGCAUCGUGUUAACAUACAUUCAUACAUUGUAAGUUGCGUUCAACCCAUUUAGCAAGAAAUACUUGUCCAUUUUUCACGACUUAUUUGCUUCCUCUUCUGGAGUUUGCUGCUAAAAUCGAUCCCACUCUCGUGCAAGAUGUGCAGCAUCCAGAAGACUGGAAGCCGGUGGGGGGGGGGGGGGGGGCACAUAGACGGCUGCUUGUGAAGAACACGUCUCACACAAUGUUUCCGUAUUCACUUAAAUGAGGUUGGAGAAGUUCUUGUUUUGCGUCACUCUACAAACACUUUGCGUAUCAAUCAACAGGAAGAGUUUACGCCACCUGAGCCACUGGGGAGAUGAACAAUGAAGCUGUCUAAUGCAAGAAAGCAACACCAGUCAACCACAAUCAAUAUUCUCCCUCCUGACUUACUGUCUUCUGUCUAUUCAGGUCACAUGGUGUGAAAUGCUGCCUCUGGUAUUCACUCUUUAUUUAAAAGGUACAGUUCACCCCUUAGUUCAAAGAAAUAAGCAUUUAGCAGAGAGGUCUAAUAUAAAGGUGCCAGAUGUUGAGUGUCUGCGUUUUGCUGCUCUUACGUGGAGCGGACAGCCAGACAUCGCCACGGCAACCAUCUGCAUUGAUAAUCGCCACCAUAGAUUUUUGGGUGUACUGUCCCUUUAAGGGUGGGCGAACCAGAAGGGGGUAACUAAGGUGAGGUAACAUGUGUCCCUGACACGCGUGUUCUCACCUGUCUUUAAACCAUUCCGGACUUUCCUCUCGAUGGCUGUAGUUCUUUAAUAAACGAACCUGUGAAACGUUGAGAUGAUUCCUGGUGGAGUAAAAGGUUCUCGACUUGUUCGUUACAAAGAAAAUUCACAUCUGAAGCCUCAAUUUGACAAUUGUUAUAAAUGCAGCUGCUGAUUAUUGGAAGAAAAGAAUCAAUCUGUGAUUAUGUCGGAAUGUAAGAAAGUAGAACCAAACUUUGGAAAUGUGUGUUUUCUUUUUUCAUUUAAUGAUUUACAUUUACGGUUACUGUUUUUUUAUAUACAUAAUAAAUUGUGUGUAUAUGUAUGUAUGUAUGUAUAUAUAUGUAUAUAUAUAUAUAUUAUUACACACAUAUUAAAAUGAUUUUCGUCUGAAAGUUUUUCAUUUCCUGUUUGUCCUUUUCAAAACCGUUUACUCAUUAAAACUCAGCUUAAAUUUCCAAAUUAUUAUAUAACUUUUGAGAAGUGGAUCAUUUGUUUUUUUCUAUUCUUCAAACCAGCAGUGACGUUUGUUACAUUUGAGCUACAGUUGAAGUUUAUUCACAAACAUGUGUUCUGGUUUCAAGGUCAAAGGUCACCUCCGGUUCAGCUGAACAGCUGGAACCAAACAUCUGGAAACCCAGCAAAUUCUCUGCAGCAAUAAAACCAGAUACGUUACUAUAUAUACAUGCACAUGCUAUAUAUACAUACACACACAACUGCUGUUCAUCCAGAUGAAGGUCAAACCUUGACCUGACUUCACUUGACUUUAUCAUAUUUGGGGCAAACAAUGAUUUGACUUUCAUAAUGAGGUCUGUGAUUGUUUUUUAUGACCAUUCACACCACGCGAGGUAAAUAAAUGGAUGAGAGGAUUUGUCAAAUGUGCCAAAUGAUCGUGUGCUGAAAACAAGGAAAAGGAAACAAAAAAAUCCAAAACACAGAUGUUACAUCAGAGAAGAUCAAAGACCAACGGAAUGUACUAUGACUUAUUGGGAUUUAUGAUACUUCUGUGAUAUAAAUGUACUAUGAUAAUAAAUGAACAGGAGGCAUCUGAAA